AUGUACAUUCUUGAAUACUCCGAGGAUUUCGGCGGUCCCCAACAUGGCUUCGCAUUUCAAAGGACCAUCAUUGUCUACGAGAUGUCCGGUGCAAUCUACCGGGCAUACUCACGCAAGCGCUAUACGACCAAAGAUGAGAUCCAGUUCAGCGACAUGUUCAGCACAAACAAGAUCCCCGGAACCCGCAUUUUCCCGGAGUUCUCGGACAAAUUCACCCAAGCAGACAGCAUCUCAGACCAAUCGAUCUGGUAUAUGAAAAGGCCAAGCCUGUCACCAUACAGUCCACAGUAUCCAGUGCUGAUCCGAGAAACCUGGAUCGAGGAGGUGAAGACCUGCGAGAUUUUGAAGAAAGCCCCGCACCCGAAUAUUGCCCAAUACCACGGCUGCGCGGUUGUGGACGGCUCGAUCCGAGGCAUGUACUUUACACAGUACGACCAGACCCUUAUGGACCGAGUGAACCCGGCUGGACGCAGUAAGAGAGAUCUUGCAUAUGAGAGGCGCGGGGCGGAUCGAAAUGAGGUCGAUCGCUGGCUAGAGGGUAUCGUGCGGGGCUUGAAACACCUCCAUGGAUUGGGAAUCGUCCACAAUGACCUCAAUCCAUGUAACAUUAUGUUUCAAGGCGAUACCCCUGUCAUCAUUGAUUUUGACUCAGCGCGGCCGCAGGGCCAUAGUCUGAAUCUGGUCAAACGCACACAUGGGUGGCAUGAUGGGAAGGUUAAGGUAGCUACGCCGAUGAAUGAUAUCGCGGCGCUGCGGGAAAUUCAGUGCUGGCUUUUGGGGAAAGUUGAACAAUUCCAAUUUUGA